UUGAAGACUCUAAAUUAGAGCUCAAGAUCUUGGGAAAGCUCCCUAUACUCACACGACAUCCUCUUACCUUCCAAGCGGUUUUUCAUUAUCGAUGUCCCAAGAUGUAAUUUCAUAGUCGUUUGCAACUUGUUUUCUUCAAAAGGAAAAAGAAAAUAUAAUAAAUAAAUUCUCACAAUAUCUAACAUAUACAUACAUACUAGCCCAAUUCUUCUAAUCUACCAAUGGAUGAUUAAUCUUACAAUAAUCCUCCAUUAUCGCUAAGAUAUGAAAGAUCCAAGUUUGUUUUGAAGAAAAAACUGGGGUUUUGUAUUUUCAUAUCCCCGCCAAAUCUUAGCGCCGAGCUGUAAGAGAAAAUCUCUCAUCCCGUUGGGCGGUCUGAAAAUCGGAGUAAUCUCUACUCCCUAUCAUCGGAGCCGGAGAAUUUGAGUCUUCACUUCGCCUUCAUCUCCGGUUUUCCCCCGUUGGGUUCAUAUUAAACACCUUGGAAUUGCGCUUUUCAUUGACAGAUUGAAGAGAUGUUAUCGGAGCCAUCUCAAACAGAUUCAUAUAAACCUUACACUCUAUCCCAAACCCUAACAUCCCAUAAGCGGUGUAUUUCAUCCGUCAAAUUCUCUGCAGAUGGCCGUCUUCUUGGCUCUUCCUCCGCCGAUAAAACCCUUCGCACUUAUUCUUGCUCAAAUUCCACUGUGACCCCAGUUCAAGAAUUCCAAGGUCAUGAACAGGGUGUCUCUGACUUGGCUUUCUCCUCCGAUUCUCGUUUUCUUGUAUCCGCCUCCGACGAUAAGACUCUUCGCCUUUGGGAUGUCUCCACUGGAUCUCUUGUGAAGACGCUUAAUGGCCAUACUAACUAUGUGUUCUGUGUUAACUUCAAUCCCCAAUCUAACAUGAUUGUAUCUGGUUCCUUCGAUGAGACUGUCCGCAUUUGGGACGUCAAAUCUGGCAAGUGUCUUAAAGUCCUUCCAGCUCACUCUGAUCCUGUCACUGGCGUGGAUUUCAAUCGCGAUGGUUCGCUGAUUGUUUCGAGUAGCUAUGAUGGGUUGUGCAGGAUUUGGGAUGCGUCUACUGGUCAUUGUGUGAAGACUUUGAUUGAUGAUGAAAACCCACCCGUUUCUUUCGUCAAGUUCUCACCCAAUGGGAAAUUUAUUCUUGUUGGGACUUUAGAUAAUACGUUGAGAUUAUGGAACUUCUCUACUGGAAAAUUUCUGAAGACUUAUACGGGCCAUACCAAUUCAAAAUUCUGCAUCUCCUCCACCUUCUCCGUAACAAAUGGGAGGUAUAUUGUGAGUGGUUCAGAAGACAAUUGUGUAUACCUAUGGGAGCUGCAGACCAGGCAGAUAGUUCAAAAACUGGAAGGUCACUCUGAUACAGUUAUAUCAGUAUCUUGUCAUCCCAGCGAGAACAUGAUUGCUUCUGGAGCUGUGGGAAAUGACAAAACUGUGAAGAUCUGGACCCAGAAGGGUCCAGAAGAAUGACUAAUUUAUUUGUCAAAGCAAUCCACGAUCAAGGUUUGAACAUAUAACUCUGUCGUGGUGGCACAGUUCUUGUAGCUUAGUUUAAUUAAUUAUAAACUGUUGAGAACAUAACUUUUGAAAAGGUUAGCAUGUAAGUUUUGUUUCUAUUCUCGGCAUCUCUGUUAUCAUCACCCCAACGUCUGCUAUCACAGAUUUGGUGGCGUUUAUGGAUGUAAAGUAGUUGGUUUGCUCCAUCCAAGAGUUAGGAAUGGUAUUUUCUUUCUGUUUGCUUUAA